AUGUUUCGAAAGAAACCAAAUAUCAAACCACUUUACCCCGUGCGCUCGUCUGACCGACGCAAGCUGCUCUCCGCGAUCCUCACCGCCUUCUCGCUCGAUCCGCUCACGCUUCCGCCCGAGACCAAAGAGCAGAUCCUGCCGUCCGAUAUCCGGACCGGGAAGUUUAUCGCGCACGCGACCGGCGAGUCAGGGCACCUGUACGUGUCCGCCGACGACGGCGGCCGGCCGCUGUGGCUUAAGCUGUCGGACGAGACGCUGGUGCCGACCGUGUUCACGCUGUGGAAAUGUCCGUUCCUAGUGCCGAUUGUGCUGACGUGGAGUCCUGUGAUUGAGAAGCUGCGCGGGGGCGCGGAUAUGAUGCUGCCGGGGCUGAUUCCGCCGUUUGUAAAGGGCGCGGUGAAAGGUGCGGUUGUGGCGAUCGCGAGCGAGGAAAGGCCUACGGUGCCGCUUGCGGUGGGCGUGUGCGAGAUUGAUUUGGUGGGCGUGACGAGGGUUGUGGGACAGCAUGGGAAAGCGAUUUUGGUGAAGCAGUGCUAUGGGGAUGAGUUGCCGGUGAAGGGGAGGAUAAGCGUGCCGCUCGAGCUCAGUCUGGAGGUGCCGAGGGUUGAGACUGGUGAUGAUGCAGAUGAGAAGGAGGUCGAACAGAAGAGUGAGGAGAGGGAAGAAAAGGAUGCGCAGACGGAUACGACUUCUGAUCAGAAAGUAGAGGACGAGAAGAAGAUAGAGGAGGAAAAGGUCCUGGAGAACGAGACUGAUAUCGCUGAUGCUCUGGCUGAGCUACUCAUGGCCGACGAUACCCCACAAGAAACCUCUGACACAGCCGUGAAAGAUGCUGAUCCGGAACCAAGACCAAAGACUUCAGAAGUAGAAGACGAAGGCCCCUCGACAGAAGAGAUCGACAACGCCUUCCACCGCGCGCUGCUCGCUACAAUCUUCGACUUCCGCACCGGGUCGCUCGACCUCACAUUCCCACAACCGUCGUCGACAUUCAUCUCAGCGCACCUGCUACGGCAUUUACCGGCCUACUUUUCAUCUGCGCAGAUGAAGCAAACGAGCUGGAAGAAAGCGGCGAAGUUUUUGAAGGCGAUGGAGAAAGAGGGUUUACUAAAGGUUAAAGAGAAAGGAGGGGAUGUGACGAUUAUGAGCGUUGCGGGUGUUGAUCAUGCGCAGUUGAAGACGUUCCAGCCAUUCAAGACCGCGGGGGGUCGGGCAGGCGAGAGCAGCACCGGCGGAAGUAAUCCGACGAAACUGACGCUGAAAGAGUACUACCAGAUCCGCGAGAAGGCCAAGCAGAUUGCCGAAGCAGUCGGGCGACGGACGGGUUCUGGGUUUUACUACACGGCUGCGGAGUUGCGCGCGAUAGUGGUAGAGUAUAUUGCCAAGGAAGAGUUGGUCGACGCGUCAAACCCACGGGAGGUGAAGCUUAACCCGGUGCUGGCGGGGCUGGUCGCGGGUUCAGGGCCGAAGCCGCGGAAACUGACGCGCGAGGCACUGAUUGAAGCUUACAGGAACGCGUGCGUGGAUUACUACCUGAUUCUACGAGAUGAUGAGAAUGAACGCGAGGGCGGGAAGCUGAGCAAAGGCAGUCCGCCGAAGAUCCAGCUGCAGGUAGUGAUGAAGCAGGGCCACAAGGUGACGAAGAUCACGAACCUGGAGACGUACAAGUUUGACGUUGCGGAGCUGGCGAAUGAGCUGCGGGUGGAGUGCGCGAGCUCGACGACGGUGAGCAGGUCUUUGGAAGGCACUGGCGGCGGCGGACGCGGGAAGUUGGAGGUGCUUGUGCAGGGGCCGCAGGACAAGACGGCGGUGGAGGUUCUUGAACGGCACGGAGUGCGGCGGACGUGGAUUGAGGUGAAGGACGGCACGAAGAAGAAGCGAUAGAUGUGUAUUUGAAGUGUUUAUUGUAUUUAUUGUAAGUAUUGUGAGUAUAUGAAGAGGUAUGAAGACUGUCGAGACCGGGAGAGCCGCAUGGGAAGCUAAGUCCGAGGAGUAAACUCCGGAUAUAGCCGAUUGGGCUCCCCGCGCUUUUCCUUGCGGUUCCUCGAACAUCUAGCCGUCUGGGAGGCUUCUAUAAGACCUGCCUUCCUCUUCUCUUCUGUUCCUCUCUACUUCCUCUUAUUCUUCUGCAACUCCUCCACAAUUGCUUCAUUAUCCCGCCUCU